AUGCUACAAUCAACGCGCAACUGGCUACGGCGCAACCGAACAAACUUCGCCAUUGGCGCCGGCGUGCUCGGCACAGCGUACCUGGCCGGCCAAUAUGCGCUGGGCAAGUUCAGCGAGGCGCGGCAGCGCAUGAGCGAGGACCGGAUUGCAAGGGAGAACCUGCGCCGGCGCUUUGAGCAGAACCAGGAAGACUGCACAUUCACCGUCCUCGCCAUUUUGCCCACGGCGACGGAGAAGAUCCUCGACGCGAUACCCGUCGAGCAGGUACUGGAGGAGCUGCAGAGACAGAAGGCCGAGAGGCUGUCGAGGAGCGUAGGACCGAGCGAGAUUGCGAGUUCGGCGCCACCGAGCGUGGUGGGCAUGGCAGAGGAUGGCGGGAGCGAGAGCGCCCAGACCGAGAGCUAUGUGCACGCAAGCCAGGUUGCGCUAGACGGCGAGGGCAGCACUGCGUCCACAGAAGGAGGGGCUGAGACCGGGGCCCGCGAGAAGGGGAAGGCGAGCAAGAAGAGCAAGGCACAGUUGUGGAACGAGAUGAAGAUCAGCUCAAUCACGCGCGCCUUCACCCUACUCUACACGCUCUCGCUCCUCACCCUCCUCACACGCAUCCAACUCAACCUCCUGGGCCGCCGCAACUACCUGGCCUCCGUCGUCUCGCUCGCCGCACCUCCCUCGGCUGACUCGUCCUCACGCAUCAACCUCGAGAACAACGACGACGACAACUUCGAGCAGGCCUAUGGCAACGACUUCGAGACAAACAGGCGCUAUCUGAGUCUGAGCUGGUGGCUGCUACAUCGGGGCUGCAUCGAUAUCAUUGAGAAAGUGCGCGUCGCUGUCGAGGACGUGUUUGGCCUGCUGAACCCUCGAGAGGAGAUUACAAUCGAAAGGCUCUCAGAACUGACACUCCAAGUACGGAAGCGUGUCGAAGGCGCGACAGAAGAAGAGCGCCGGUACGUUCACCUUCACCUUCACCCACUCCCAUCUGAUCUGUCUGCCCGCCCACUAACAUGCACCUCAGAACAUGCAAAUGGCUCACCUACCUUCUGCCGCCUCAAGAGCAAGAAGACUUCGUCCUACACGAAAGUGGCAUGACUGCCUCGUCGCAGUCCCCCUCUCCAACCACUCCAUCCAGUCUCCGCCGCCUCAUAGACGAAACAAGCGACAUCAUCGACUCGCCCGCCUUCACGUCCGUCCUGACCCGCCUGCUAGACAGCGCCUUCUCGCACCUUGUCGACGUGAAGAUCUCCCAGCUCUCGUACAAGAUCCCGCCCAUCUCGGCCGACAGCGCGCGCGUUACCGAGAUCGUUGGCGACGGCGCCAAAGCCAAGGUCGCAAACUCUCUGGCUGUGUUUUGCAGACAAGCACACAACAUUGGCGCGGGCGCCAACAACGAGUAUAUGGAGAAGAUAGAAGGGGUAGGCGAGCUGGAGGCUUUUGCUGCAGUCGUGUACAGCAGUAAUUUCGAGUUUGAGAGCCCCGCCCUGGCGGCCGAGGCCGCUGUAGGCGUCAGGGACCUGCCGCCGGGAAAGACGGUGGAGGAGCUGAACGAGUUGAAGGAGGAGAUCAAGAAGGAGGUUGAGGAGGGAUUCGAGAGUGCGUGGGACAAGGCAGUGGCCAAGUAG